AUGUGCUCAGGAGGAUUGUCUGGGGAAGAUGAUGAGGUUAGGAUGAAAGUGGAAUGGAGAGUGAGAAGGGGUGAUCAUUGCGAGAUUGUUCCAGCCAAAGUAAAAUUAGACUCCGGUGUCCUACCUUCACAUAGAUAUAAGCAAUUAGCCAAAAGAAUGCCAGCCAUGAUGACUUGGUAUGAGGGUUACAAAGGACGAUAUUGUGGAAUGCCCUAUUAUAAUAUCUAUAAAUGUGUAUUUAAUGAAAAUUUUUCUUUGUACUUCUUUCAAAGUAGUUAUAUGUCUAUUGCUCUUUUUGCCUUCAAGGACAUGGGUUCAUCGAAGAGGAAAAAGUCAUACAUUGAUUGUCAAUAUAACAUAAGAAAGGCUCGAAUUGUUAUUAGCAAUAUUCUUAUUUCAUAUACUACAGCUAUGGAUAUAGCUAUAGUUAUUCAAUAA